AUGGCGGCGCAAUCGGACGCAUCUGUGUCGGCGGUGCUGCGGGAAUACGCAGCGGACGGCUCCUUGCAUGGGGUCCGCUACCUGGACCCCAAGCGGUGCAGCGCGGCCACCAGGCUGUGCUGGGUGGUUGCGGUGGCAGCGUGCGCCGCGACGGCCGGCCUGCUGGUGUAUGCGACGUGGCGCCACUACGGCGACUCGCCCACCGUGACGCAGGUGGCCGACACCGACUACCCGCUGCACCUUGUGCCCUUCCCUGCAGUCACCAUCUGUCCGCCAACCAGCGCCUUCAAGGGCGCCGGCGAGGCGCUGCUGGCCAGGCACCUUGGAGUGUCAGAGGUUAACAGCACACUAGGACACCAGCUUUCUGCCAUCAUGUCUGCAAUCUGCCUCAUUCAGUACCCAUACUACCAUCGAAUACAGGACGCCAUGGAUGAAGCAGGCACUGCCAUACACCUGUUCGAAGACCUCAACAUCACCUGGUUAAUGCUGCAGGCUUUGCCGUCAGUUGAUGAAGUGUUCGAGAAAUGCUACUGGCAGGGCCACCGUUUCAACUGCUCGAGUCUGUUCUUCCUGCAGCGGACAGAGAUCGGCUUUUGCUACGCAUUUAACUCACUCACAUCGGAAAACAGGAGGCACUGCGUCGGUGAACCUCGCUUGACGUCAGGCAAUAGCGAUUCGUGCCAAGUGUGGCGCAAUGUGGCGGGGGGUGCCCUCUCCGGCUUGGAAAUCUUCUUGAGGACACCGCCUGCCGCUCAAGGACAUCGAUGGGACAAUCGCUAUAGGCUAAUGAUCAAUGAAGUAUCAUCUGUGCCAAACUCACUGAGGAGCCACUUGAUACCUUCGAGCACCCAUCACGUCACCGUGGUCGAGCUGGAAGUCUCUGUAACUGAGAGCAGUCCACAAAUAGAACAGCUGCCAACAGAAAAGCGGCGCUGCUUGUUUGCCAAUGAGAGACACCUAAUUCUUAGUCGCUACUCUCAAGUAGCAUGCACAGUGGAAUGUAGACUUGAGUACAUGCUGCGAGUCUGUAAUUGUACUACAUAUGUCUUCAACCAGAUAUCAGCAACAACAUGA